CGGUCGUGAGUGGAGCUAAGCCGAAUUUCUGCAAAACACGGUUUUGGUGAUCGUCGUCUUUAAAGGACCUAAGCGAUCACGAAAACGUUCGCCAUGAAGAACCCUCUCUUCCACCUCAUCCUGUUUCUGACCACUUACGACUACUCGACUGCAGCUGCCGUUUUAACCAGAGGUGGAGGGCCACCAUUGAAAGGCAACGCUUUGGUCACGUCCGCCCCGAGAUUUACAACCAGGGGCCAAAACUACCGAGUCGUUAUCGGCGACACUUUGGUCCUUCCUUGCGAAGUCGAAAAUUUAGGAACUUACGUGCUUCUAUGGAGGAGAGGAGCGUCAGUAUUGACGGCGGACAAGAUGAUGGUGACCCGAGACACGCGUUUCAGGCUGGUGGACGGCUUCAACCUGGAAAUAUCAGACGUGAUGCCUCAGGACGCCGGAGACUACGUAUGUCAAAUCGGUGACGGCGGAAACAGGGACCAGAUACACACAGUCGAGAUACUCGUACCGCCGAGCAUAAGGACGUCACCGGCUAGUGGCCAGUUGACAGCAAGGAAAGGAGGAACGAUAACGUUAGAAUGCAAAGCGUCUGGAAAUCCUGUUCCAAGUAUACUCUGGUCGCGCAAGGACAACUCUUUGCCAUCAGGCGAAAAGGCUUUGGAAGGGUUUUCGAUCACAUUGGAAAAAGUGGAUAGGCACCAGGCUGGCGUAUAUCAGUGCACGGCAAACAACGGCGUUGGAGAUCCUGUCACAGUUGACAUGCAGCUAGACGUCUUAUGUAAGAUACAUUAUAACAAUUUGUAGCAACUAUUAACAAUU